GCAGAAUCAAUUUCCAAUUUCCAAUUUUCAAAUCAAAUGGCAUACUCAGAAAAGAAAAUCAAAGAAUACAACCCUCAGAGAAAAUAAAAUAAAAUAGAAAAAGAAAAAAAGAAAAUCUUCAUCUUCCAUUUUCAGACUCCCUAUAUAUUCCUCACACCAUACCUUCCUAACCUUCUCUUUCUCUCUCUAGAACUCUGUUUCUCUCUCUAGAAAGAUACAUUUUUUUUUUUUUUUUUAAUCUCUUGUAAUCUGUUUGGUAACUGAAUUUGCAUUUGGUAAUCAAAUUAACACAAUUGAAAGAACAAAGGAAAACUUGGAGGGGGGCAAUAAAGAGAGGAGGUUGAACAUGCCCUCUGUUCUUAUUGAUAAAGUGCCUCCUCUCAGAUCUUAGUUUUCUGCUAGAUUUGGCAUCUGGGCUUUUUGAAUCGGCUUGCUAAAAUUCUGGGUCGAAUAUUUGAUCGGUGAAGGAUCCAAUAUAUAUAUAUAUAUAUAUAUUUUAAUUGAAUUGAAGAAUACUUGUUUUGAAUCGGACUGCAAAUUUGCGGAGUUUUGCCAUUACCAUUCAAACAAGAAAAAGAUGCAAUCUGAUAAUGGUAAGUUAUUUAUUGGUGGAAUAUCUUGGGACACAAAUGAGGAGCGUCUCAAAGAGUAUUUUAGUACUUAUGGCGAGGUGGUGGAAGCAGUCAUCAUGAAGGAUCGGACAACGGGCCGUGCUCGUGGUUUUGGUUUUGUAGUUUUUGCUGACCCAUCAGUUGCAGAGAGAGUCAUAAAGGAGAAGCACAAUAUUGAUGGAAGGAUGGUUGAGGCAAAAAAGGCUGUUCCUAGAGAUGAUCAAAACAUUUUGAGUAGAAACAGCAGCAGCAUUCAUGGUUCUCCCGGUCCAGGCCGUACAAGAAAGAUUUUUGUUGGAGGUUUAGCAUCAACUGUCACAGAGAGUGACUUCAAGAAGUAUUUUGAGCAAUUUGGGACAAUCACAGAUGUUGUGGUUAUGUAUGAUCACAACACCCAGAGGCCUAGAGGGUUUGGAUUCAUCACUUAUGAUUCAGAGGAAGCAGUGGACAAGGUUUUGCUAAAGACAUUUCAUGAACUGAAUGGUAAGAUGGUUGAGGUUAAGCGUGCAGUCCCCAAAGAGUUAUCACCUGGUCCCAGUCGCAGCCCACUUGGUGGAUACAACUAUGGCCUGAGCAGGGUCAAUAGCUUUCUCAAUGGCUACACUCAAGGAUAUACACCAAGUACAGUUGGAGGCUAUGGACUUGGAAGAUUUAGUCCGGUUGCUGGUGGUCGAAGUGGGUUUCCACCAUUUGGCUCUGGUUAUGGUAUGGGUAUGAAUUAUGAGCCAGGGUUGAGCACAGGUUUUGGAGGCAAUGCAAAUUUUAAUAGUAAUCUCAGCUAUGGAAGGGGAUUGAACCCUUACUACAUGAGUAAUUCAAACAGAUUUGGAAGCCCCAUUGGAUAUGAUGGUGGUAAUGGAGGAAACAAUUCAUUUUUCAGCUCAGUGACUCGGAAUUUGUGGGGAAAUGGGGGACUUAAUUAUGGAACAAACUCCACUAAUUCCAGUGCAUACAUGGGGUCAGGGAGUGGAAGUGUUGGAGGAAACACAUAUGGUAAUACUGGAGUUAAUUGGGGUUCGUCAGCAAUUUCAGCUCAAGGUGGAGGAAGCAAUGUUUCUAACAAUAGUGGCAAUCUUGGUUAUGGAGCUGGCGAUAGCAGUUACAGUCUGGGAGCUGUAGGGUAUGGUAGAAACAGUGGCACGAGUUUGGCCUCAACAUCAUCAUUUGCGGCAUCAAAUGGUGGUUUUGAUGGGGCUUUUGCUGACUUUUAUAGUAGCAGUUCUGUUUAUGGGGAUCCCACUUGGCGAUCAUCAAAUCCCGAGCGAGAUGGUUCUGGUUCCUUUGGUUAUGGACUUGGUAAUGCGGCUUCAGAUGUUACAUCUAAAAGUGCUCCUGGUUAUGUUGGUGGUUACAGUGUUAACAAGAGACAGUCAAAUAGAGGAAUUGCUACUUAGGAUGAUCAUUUUGGAUACGACAGUAUUGUAGGUGAUGAUAAUCUGGUGAAGCAGGUGAAUUGUGAAUUUUGCGCACCCCCCUCAUCAAUCAAAUAUAUUUUCAGUUAAAAGAAAUUUGGUUAGUAAGAGCUAACAGGAGUGCCUAUUUGAAGAUUUAAAAUUAGACAUAGAAAGUUACAAAUGGUUUUGUGUUAAAGGAUUGAGUUUUGAGUUACCAUUUUUAGUUUUUUUUUUUUUUUUUUUUUUUUUUUUUUUUUUUUUUUUUUUGGUUUUUUGUUUUUUGGUCUUUGAGUGAGAUGUAAAAUCAGAUUGCGGGAUAUAGUGAAGUGUAUCAUGCAUCUCUGGUGAGGCGGCGAUACAACCCCCCCAAAAAAAAGAAAAAAAAAAAGAAAAAAAAAAGGGAAAAAAAAAAGAAGAAAACAAAACAAAAAAGGGAAAACAAAAAAAAAAGAUUAUUAGACUGAUCUUUUUUUCCUUCUUGUUUUUCAUUACAUUUUUAUCUGUAACGUCUCUGGCGAAGGUGUGAGUUCCUGUCUGGAAUGCUUUUCUUUCUUUUUGUCCCAUCAUUUUGGUUUGUCUUUGGCAGAUUGUACCUCAGGUAUUGUUGAUUUUACUAGUGUGAAACAAUUGAAAGGAUACCCAUCUAGGGUCUCUCCAUGAAUAAGUAAUCAUAUAUUCUGAUU